ACUGCAUGCUGGGAGUCGUAGUCCCGGCUGGCAGCGUCCGGAAGGACGGGAGGGCACGGGAGUGCAGCCCGCCCAUGUGGCUACUGGAGGUCACGUUCCCUAACUGAUCCCUUGGUUCUCUCGGGUGGAGCCUUCAGCGUGCACGGCGGGGUUUGACUUUGCCACCGUCUCUCUUCUGGGUUCCAAUAAAGUUUUCCUCUUCCUCUCCUCGUACGGAGUUCAAGAUGGCGGCCUCCUGGUCGCUCUUGGUUACCCUGCGCCCCUUAGCACAGAGCCCGCUGAGAGGGAGAUGUGUUGGGUGCGGGGCCUGGGCCGCCGCUCUCGCUCCUCUGGCCACCGCCCCUGGGAAGCCCUUUUGGAAAGCCUAUACGGUUCAGACAUCCGAGAGCAUGACCCCAACUGCCACUUCAGAGACUUAUUUGAAAGCUUUGGCCGUUUGCCAUGGACCUCUGGACCACUAUGAUUUUCUGAUCAAAGCUCAUGAGCUAAAGGAUGAUGAACAUCAAAGAAGAGUCAUACAGUGUUUGCAGAAAUUACACGAGGACCUUAAAGGAUACAAUAUAGAGGCAGAAGGCCUUUUUUCAAAGCUUUUUUCAAGGAGCAAACCUCCAAGGGGCCUGUAUGUUUAUGGAGAUGUUGGUACAGGAAAAACAAUGGUGAUGGACAUGUUUUAUGCUUAUGUGGAAAUGAAGAGGAAAAAACGGGUUCAUUUUCAUGGUUUCAUGCUAGAUGUGCACAAAAGAAUACAUCGCCUUAAACAGAGUUUGCCAAAAAGGAAACCAGGAUUCAUGGCUAAAUCAUAUGACCCAAUAGCUCCCAUAGCCGAAGAAAUCAGCGAAGAAGCAUGUCUCCUAUGUUUUGAUGAAUUUCAGGUCACUGACAUUGCUGAUGCCAUGAUUCUGAAACAGCUUUUUGAAAAUCUGUUCAAAAACGGGGUCGUCGUUGUGGCAACAUCCAACAGGCCACCGGAAGAUCUCUAUAAAAAUGGACUCCAAAGAGCUAACUUUGUACCAUUCAUAGCAGUCUUGAAGGAAUAUUGUAAUACAGUCCAGCUAGAUUCUGGGAUAGAUUACCGGAAAAGGGAACUUCCUGCUGCAGGAAAACUCUACUACCUCACAAGUGAAGCUGAUGUGGAGGCUGUCAUGGAUAAGUUGUUUGAUGAGCUGGCUCAGAAACAAAAUGAUUUAACUAGACCAAGGAUUCUAAAAGUGCAAGGCAGAGAGCUGCGCCUGAAUAAAGCCUGUGGAACCGUUGCCGACUGCACAUUUGAAGAGCUGUGUGAGAGACCACUUGGAGCCAGUGACUAUUUGGAACUAUCAAAGAAUUUUGAUACAAUAUUUUUACGAAACAUUCCGCAAUUUACUCUGGCAAACAGGACUCAAGGUCGAAGAUUCAUAACUCUCAUCGAUAACUUUUAUGAUCUCAAGGUGCGUAUAAUUUGCUCUGCGUCGACUCCUAUAUCAAGCUUAUUUUUGCAUCAACAUCAUGACAGUGAGUUGGAGCAAAGCAGAAUACUGAUGGAUGAUUUGGGGCUGAGCCAGGAUUCAGCAGAAGGACUCUCCAUGUUUACCGGAGAAGAGGAAAUCUUUGCAUUUCAGCGCACAAUUUCCCGACUCACGGAAAUGCAGACUGAACAGUACUGGAACGAAGGAGACAGAACCAAGAACAUGCUGCCCCCGCCCUUGCCGCCAACUCUGCCGUGAGAUGGACCUAAUAGGAAAUAGGAAAGAACGCCUGACAAGCCUGCUUCACAGGAAAUCUGAUUUGUCCUUCACUGAGCUCAUCUUUUGCUUCUUUGAGUAAAACCUGGCUUUACUAACUAUUGUCACAAAGUGGAUCUUCGGCUGUGGAUGAGUGUGAAAAACAGAAAAAAUAUAAAAUCCACAAAAUCUUGUGAAAAUUAAGCAUUUGGGGGAAGGUAAGGCAUAGGUGAGUCAGUCCAAUGAAUACAAUGGUCAACAUAAGUAAGCUCUUUGAACCUAUUUAUUUUCUAUUUAUUAUUAUUUUUAUUUUUUAUAUCUUGGCCACUCUAGCCAUCUCCUGGCAGGGGUAGUGUGGCACAGCAUGGCCCUAUUUAAUUUCUUAGUCAAUAAUCCAUCACAUAGUCUCUUUUAGAUAUUAACCUAAUUAAGGCAAGCAGGUAGAUGGAUGAGUACCCAAGCCGAGAGAAGAGUUUAAAUCAAGCCUUCUAUAAAUGAAAUGUGGUUUAAAGAUAUUUUUAUUGAAGUGAAACACAGUAAUUUCAAAGAGGUUAUGUAAUAGGGAGAAAGGAUGGGAAAUAACCACUUUGUGCUGGAUUGAAUGCUAUAUAUUUACAUUAGCUCAGUUAAAAAAAAUAGUCUUAGAAAGUGAAUAUUAUAACCCCUGUUUAAAAAUAAGAAAACUGAGUCUUGGGAAAGUUAAGUAGCUUGACCUGAGAUUCACAGUUUACAACUACAAAACUCAUAUACUAUAUUUUAUACCACACUGUCUCUUACUCUUACUAUUUAAAAAAAAGAGAUUGUUUUAAAAAUUGAUUCAUUUAACUCAGUGAAUGAAGUUGAAGAUAAAUUUACAACAGAACCAUUGAUUUGAACUCAGUGAAUAUAAAAUGUUUAACUUUAUUCUUUAGAUCUUAGCUUUUUACUUUUCACAUUCCUUUGGUAAUUAUUCUGUAUCUUAAUUUUUAAAAAAAUCAUGUGAAUGGACAGACAGAUAGAUGGACAGUAUGACCGAUAGACAGACCUGUCCCUGAGUGUGAGUGUAUGUAGAAGAGUCCCCCUGUCAAGUUAUGUUAUAAAAGUUCAUCUGAGGUCAGAUAUUGGGAAUAAAGUUUCAUUUUUCCAUUGAAACAAUCACGUAAUGUUAGUUGGGGUGCUGGUCAAACGCAUAGAAGCCUAUGUAAUUCUCAGUGUAGCUUCCCUAUAAUGUCAUUUUGGUACGAAAGAACUUAAACCCUGAGAAAAAAACUGUAGCUCAGUCUCCACCUAAGUAACUGGAGCAUGUGCCCACUUCUGUGCCCCCAAUCCGCAAUCUCCUUCCCCAGUUCCAGGGGCCUGCUGGGAUUGGCUGCAGUGGAAGAGGCUCUUUGAGCUGGGAGAAGGGUUUAUGCAGAAAGUGGGGCUAGAAGGCUUUGGCUGGAUCUCUGGAGGGGAGGGAGUUCCAUGGUGGCUGGAAAUCUCCAAAGUUGGUUUCAUAAAAUAGCAUGCAAGAAAAAAACCCAAGUCUUCAAGAAUAGCCAUCACUAGGAAACAGUAUGGUAGCUCUACUAAAAGAAAAGUAAUGCCAACAUGAAAAACAACCCCUAGAUUGGAGAGCAACAUUUCACUUUGUAUGUCUUUCUUCUGAGCCCUGCCCCUAUUACAUUCUCAGCAUUCCAGUCUUUCUCCAUAGAAGUCUCUCAGCAAAUGCUCUUUUUUUGAAAUGCUUUAAAUGUAUACUUUGAGACAGAGGUUUGAGCUGAGUACUGCUGUGGAAAGCUCCUGCUCAAUUCAAAACACAGACGGGGGGGAUGUCUUUAGAGUCAGGAGAAAACAUCAUGUGCCAAGGGUGCUCUCCAAACUGAUGACUAGUUCCCAGACUUAACAGAGGUCAAGCGGAGAAAAAGGAAAACUUUCUUUAGAGAAGAAAAAGAAAAAUCUUAUCACUUCUCAUAUUUCUUUAGGCAGUGUAUGAGCUUAUUUGCUGAUAUCACUAAUCCUGAGAUGAAAAACAGGAUGGACUUAAGUAAUUUUUAACCUAUUUCUGAGGCCAAAAAGACUGUAGUAUUAUUUUAAUCAAAUUUAUGCAUUUUCAGUGGGACUUCAAAUUUUAAUAAUAAGGCAAUACUUUUAUCUUCUUAAAGUAUAUUUCCUGUACUUAUAAGUGUGCAAAUGACAUAAUUUUAAAAUUAGUUGGAAUAUUGAAAAAAAUUAAAAUUUCACUUGUAAAAUAAGUGGAUGUGCUUAUAUCCAUUUAUUUAUUUAAGAAACACAUGAUGUUUUCUGUGUCCUGGGCAUGGUUCUAUGUGCUUUAUAAAUAAACUCUUUUGAUCCAUAUAACAGUCUUAUGAGAUAGGUGCCAUUAUAAUCAUUUUAUAGACAGGGAAGCUGAGACACAGAAAACAGCUAAAACAGAUUAAUGAAUUGCUAAGAUAUAACCGAAGUCAAUAAAAUUAGCAAAGUGCUAACGUA